UGACUUCCAGCCAAGUCCAGUCCGCUGAACUCUCCAGUUUAGAUUCAGCAAAAAAAAAAGAAGAAAGAUGAGGAGCUGCCGCUCUGUCCCAGUGAACUGCGAGGAGCGAGGAGGAAUAAAAGCUUUAAACCACAGCGGUUUUCAAACCCGGAAAAUGGACGAGUCAGCAGUGAAACGCAGCGUCAGUGUGAGCUGAAGUUAGAAAAGUCUGCGAGCAUCCAAAGGUCCUCCCCUGCCUCGGCUGAACACACACCUGAUGACCCGUUCACCUCUGACCUUCAGUGUCAGCAGCCGGUGCCGCGAAGAUGAUCAACCCUCAGAUUUACCUCCACUACAACUACACGGGGAAGCUGGAGCACCGCGCCGGCGUCGGCACGAGCCCCGGCACCGUGGACACCAAGACCGUCGUGUUCCUGAUCGUGUGCAGCCUCAUCGUCCUGGAGAACCUGGCCGUGUUGGUGGCUAUAUGGAGGAAUCACCGGUUCCACAACCGCAUGUACUACUUCAUCGGCAACCUGGCGCUGUGCGACAUGCUGGCCGGAGUUGCUUACCUGGUCAACCUGCUGCUGUCAGGGGAAAAGACCCUGCAGCUCUCACCUGCUCUCUGGUUUGUCAGAGAGGGCAGCAUGUUUGUGGCACUCGGCGCGUCCAUUUUCAGCCUCCUGGCUAUUGCUAUCGAGAGACACCUGACUAUGAUCAAAAUGAGGCCCUAUGAUGCCAACAAGAACUACCGAGUGUUUCUGCUCAUCGGGACCUGCUGGCUGAUUGCCAUAGGUCUUGGAGCGUUGCCUAUUCUUGGCUGGAACUGUCUGCACAACCUCCCAGACUGCUCCACCAUCCUCCCUCUCUACACCAAGAAAUAUGUGGCCUUCUGUAUCACGGUUUUCAUGCUCUUGCUCUUAGCCAUGUCGGUCCUUUACGCCCGCAUCUACAUCCUGGUGAAGUCCAGCAGCCAAAAGGUGAGCAAGCACAGCAACUCGGAGCACGCCAUGUCCCUGCUGCGCACGGUCAUCAUCGUGGUUGGCGUCUUCAUCGCCUGCUGGACGCCCAUCUUCGUCCUGCUCCUGGUGGAUGUGGCGUGUAAGCUGCGCUGCCCCAUCCUCUACAAAGCGGACUGGUUCAUUGGGGUGGCCGUGCUCAACUCCGCCAUGAACCCGAUCAUCUACACGCUGGCAAGUCGGGAAAUGAGGCGGGCCUUCGUGGGUCUCGUGUGUGGCGUCUGCUACAGGAGGAAGGCCGUGAGCGGCAGCGGGAACAAGCAGUCUCUGGAGCCCAGCCGCAGCAGGAGCAAGUCCUGGAGCAGCCAGAACAACCCCAACCAGAACCAGAACCAGCAGGGCCCCAGGCAGACGGGACUGGAGAGGGAGCAGGAGACGGACGCGGCCCACGGCGAGGUGUCAGUGGUGGCAGGAGGGGCCACGCAGGGUGUUCACGAGAGUGAAAGAAUGAAAGAGGGGAGCGAGUGACGUGCAGAGAGAAGGUGAGCGUGGUGCUAAUACGUCCUCAAGAAACUGUGUGGAGCGACCGAUCGAGAACUAAGGAUUUUUCCUGAAUGAAAUGUGGACUUCCGGCCCACAGCUGCAGGACAGCGGUCUCUCCUUUGUGCUUCAUAUUCUUAUAUCUGCGUCAACCAUAAUCUGAGAGUUUCAUUUGCACGUGACAUUAGACGGACGUAUACGGGCUAGCGUGAAGGUCAUCGUUCGUCACUAAUGUGUGAGGAACUUGGUGUUUUGGAGCUGUUUUUUUGCAGAAGGUUUUGCAGGACGAUGAUGGGAAACAUUUCCUCUGCAACUCAAAAGAAAGUGCAAUUAUAGUACUGCAAAAACAGUGUCACGAAGAACGAUUGUAUAUAUGUUAUUAUAAGUAAGUAAUUUAUUAUUCUGUCGUUUUGUAUUAACCCAGUAAUGCUAUAGAAUAGAACGCCACGCAGUUACAGCAAAGUGCUCCGUAAGUACUUUACUGGAGAUGUACUGUAAGACUGUGGGCGACAUCAGCGGCGUCAUGUUUCUUAACCGCUGUGCAGACAAACUGAUGCUCUUCACACAGCAGUCGCAGCAGCUUUGAGCUACAGCAGGGCUCCCUCUGCUGGUUAAUGAUGGCGGUUCACACUAUGCUGCAUGUUCAAUAUGAAAUCCACACAGUAGUAGUCACAUGUUUUAAUACGCUUUGAGUUCGUCCUUGUGUGUGUUUAUAUGUGAUGAGGGACGUGUUUAGACGCAUGGGAAUGCUGCAUGUGAACUGAAGUGUAGACCUGAUUCAUGAAGAGUCAGAAAGUAGAACUCUUAUAUGUUCUUAUAAGGAGGAUUCACGUUUAUGUGGCCUGUAGAAAGAGCUGCUUUGCCUAGUCGUGUUUGUUGAAUCCUCCCCAUGUCGUGAAAUUACACAAUUACACAAAUAUUCCUCUGAUUUCUGUCUAUGCAGAGAUUUAAUUCUUGUAUUUCCAGGUUAAAAAGACAUUGAUUUUUUUUGUGACUAUAAAGCCCUAAAUGAAAACAUUG